AUGCUCCGCAGCCUCCAAGUGCCCGAGCUUCCGCGCAAGUUGCUCACACUAGCGUUCAUUGUGCGCGAUGGCGUGGGGUCUAAGCAGGUGUUGCUGGGUAUGAAGAAGCGCGGCUUUGGUAUGGGCAAGUGGAAUGGCUUCGGCGGUAAAGUGGAGACUGCAGACGCCAGCAUUGCGGCCGCCGCGGCGAGAGAAGUAGAAGAGGAGGCCAACGUGGUUGUCGAAGUGGAGACUCUGCAGCCACGCGGUGUGCUGCUCUUCUCAUUCGAAGAAGCCAAGGAGCUCAUGAAGGUGCACGUGUUCUUGACGCAGCAGUUCUCGGGCGAACCAUCCGAGAGCGACGAGAUGAAGCCGCAGUGGUACGACGUUACAGAGAUCCCGUUCGAGAGCAUGUGGGCGGACGACCACUACUGGCUGCCACAUGUACUCAGCGGCAAGAGCGUUCAAGGACAUUUCCACUUCGCCGCAGACGAGGACACUCUGCUGGAUCAUAAGCUCGAAGUGCAGCCUAGUCUUCGCAUUUGA